ACAGCAUUGUCUAAAUGACUUGACACCUUUGCUUUUUCUUCCUCCAUCUGCACAAACCGAAUAUACGCAUCAUUUUUUUUUCUUCCUUUCUAUUUGCAACCUCAUGUAACAUUGUUCUUUUUACAUUGAACGUUUUGUUCAGCUCAAUCAAUGUCAAUUUUCCUUAUCGUUUUGUUUGAUGUCGCACUCUUCACAAUGGGAAAACCAACACAUUGGGAAAAUUGAAAUAAAUGAACUAGUUUCAAUGUUUGAAAAUCAAAUAGGAUAUGUACAGAUUGUUAAAUUAGAUAGGACAAUAGCACUAGGCUAUUGUGUUUUUCUUUUUUUGAUUGGAGGUUAUCUCUCAAGUAAUCAUGGGAUGAAUGCAACUUUAACAAUGGCGUCAAGCAAAGACAAAAACUUUUCUAGAUGAAACUAUG